UGUAAGUCACUUCACCUGACGAAUUUCGCGUGUGUGUCAACUGUCUGUGUAUCUCCACGAUGGCUGUACGAAUGAAAGACCGCAAUCCCGACCCUCCGACUCCUCUUCCAACCGACCGAAGCGAAGAUUUCAUUCAAGAUCCUGAAGAGCUUUUCGCGCCAAUUCCGUUUCCCUUCUCUCUUGUCUGCAAGAAAGUAGAUAUCAUAUUCGACAGGGCUUGGGACGAAAUAGAACGACGAGAGAAAGAGAGAGAGCGACUGGCAAUGAAAGUGCUCGUACCAAACUACGAGUGUGACGCUCUUGCGCAGUCUGAUGCGGUGAUGGCGUCGGAACGGACAUCUGAUGAGACAUAUCUGAUUGUCGUUGACGCGAAGUGUGUGUAUGUGAGGAGAUACGAUGGUGGGGAUGUCGUGGCUGAGUGUUUGAGAGACGAGGAAGAGAGAGGAGAGGAGAACGACGGCGCACGCACUUGCUGUCUUUCUGUCGCUGUGUGUUGUCCGAAUUGCUGCGUUAUUGCGAUAUCCGAUGGACAAGGAUUAUAUAUUUACAUGUUUUAUAUGACGACACUCGUCCUUCUUAGAGACAUAACAAAGCAGGACAAUAUGGAUGGUGUUGGGAGAUGUUUGUUGUCAUCUGGUGGUGACUUUCUUGCAGUGUUAAGAAAUAAUAACACUAUCGAGUUCUUGUCACUUCCCUUUGCUUCAUGGACAGAUGAGAACACUCUACAAAAACUAGAGACUGAAGCAAAUGAACUUGAGAAACUCUCUGUAUUACGUUCUACACUCAUCAAACCAACUCUCAUAUUAAGAAUUCAUCCACAAGCCUUGCCGCCGUUCUCUCAAUUUUCUCAUCCAUCCGACAUACUGAACUCCAUCCUCAACGACAUCAAUUCUCUCCCGACGGGACUAAACCAUCCUCUCACUCAGCGUUACUUCAAAUCAAGUGGCACACAACUGGAGACACCAGACAUGAGGUUGGGAGACUUGCAUUUCGUGCAGUCUGUGGGGAUUCCAAAGCCACGAGCUGUAGAGGAUACGGUCAUUGUGUGGUGGACUGGAUGCCACAUAUUGUAUUUCUAUUCGUUGACACAUCAGAGGAAAGAUGUUGAUCUGAACCCGAUACGUACCAUUCCUGGUGCAGGCCACAUAGCCUCUUCUUCAGUCAGUCCAGACUCACGUUUGCUGGCAAUCGGCUAUGCGAAUGGUUUCACAGUUGUGUGGGACCUUUUCUCAUAUUUGGCUAUGUGUACAGUAAAGCCUUCUGCUGGCAGUUUAACUGCACUGCUAGUCAUUCCAGCAGGUAAGCAGCAAUAUAAUGUCAUGAUGGGAACAUCAGAUGGUGAACUGAUGCGAAUACAAACGUAUGAAUUUGGUGGUGGACACGAAGAGAUUAAAAUGGAACGUGAUUCAGAUGAGGCAAGAAGUGUGGCUGGUCUUUGUGCUUCUGCUUGUAUGUCGUCUCUGGUUUUAGUUGUCUCUACGUCGAAUCACAAACAGCUCAUCUUUUAUGACAUAGAAUCAGGGCAGGAGGUGUGUGAGUUGUCGCUGCCCAAACGAGUCGAAGUCGAACGUUGUUUUCUUGGCAACAAGCAACCACUGCUCUAUGUGUUAGGAAGAGAUGGGCAGCUUUAUUGUUUAUCUUUGACGGCGUGUAGUGCUGUGAGGCCUUAUAUUCAUGGAGCCUUGGUGUGUGAUGAGUUUGAUCCGUUUCAGUGGAUGUUUGAACACAGAGCUCAACAGCUAUUGGAAGAAGACAGGAAGAAGUAUGAUGGCAUUACUCAAGAACAGAAGGAUAGAGACUUGAAAAUAUUACUUGAAAGCCUUGAAUUGAAAGCCAAGGAAAUGUACGAGCAAGCAGUAGAACAAAAGGAACUGCAGCAAUCUCAUAGCAGCAGCCAUAAUGACAACCAAUCACAGUGUUCGUCUUAUUGAUUUGUGAUUAUUUCUGAAUUAUGCCACACUUGCUCCAUAUUGGUAUUACAGUGAACGUCAAGGUACUGUACAAUAAAUGUGGGUGAUUAGUGAGUGAUUUUACACUGUACUUGAACUCAAACUCGAGGCGCCUGUGGCUGUAAAAACACGAUUUGCUUGUUGGUGACUAUAAAUUGUUUGAUUAAAUCUACUUGAUAAAAUGUUGUAAAUAAGAUAUUUUUGUUAUUUAAAAGUAUGUCCAAGUGUGGUCACAUCACUUGUACAUGUGUACAUAUGCACGCAUGUCUUUGCCCAGCUGUCGCAGUCA